AUGUCAACGUCAUGUAGAGUGUGCGGUGCCGCAGAUUCUGAACCACAUUUUGGAGGGAUAACUUGUAGAGCCUGUGCCGCAUUUUUCCGUCGUUAUUUUCACUCGAAAAAGUCAGGUGUUUCGUGCACUUGUCGAACAAGAUUCCGAAACAGUCAUCCAUGUAGAGAAUGUCGGAUUCAAAAGUGUCUAGAUGCAGGGAUGAACCCUGAAAAAGUUCAACACAAAAGGGAGAAGCAUCUUCAGAAAGCACCGAAGCAACAGAACAAUAUGGAGGUAAUUGAAGUGACAGCAUCAUCUUCGUCUUCAGGAUCACAGAGCCCAUCAUCUCACUCUUUGACUCCAAUUCCGUUUCAAAUAACCUCUCGAGAUAAAUCUAAUAUCUCCCGCGUUGUCUCUAGAUGGGCUGAUGUUCAAGGAAAGAGAAGUAUGCUUUAUGGAAAACGACUGGACGAGGUGACUUACUACGAAACAUGUCUAGCCACUAAGAAUGAUGUGGAAAUUAUGCUUAGUGUUAUCGAGAUGAUAUUCCCUCAACUGAUUGAGCUUUCCACUUGGGAUAAGAAUUCUUUGCUGAGGAACUUCUAUCCCAAAUGGGCACUCUUGGUAGCUGCAAUUGAUUUUGAAAGGAAUCGGGCGGUCUACGAAGGCUAUUGCACAAGUAUUGUUGACUACUAUGGGAUGGUUAUCAAAUUCUAUAGCCAAUCGAUGUACGAAAAUUGUCAAAUGGAACCAAAUGAGAUCUUGAGAAUUUUCGAACCGUAUCUCCGAUAUUAUGCAUUUGAUUUGGCACUGCCGAUUUGUGGUAAAGAUUUCAAUGCAGUGGAGUAUAUGGCAGUUGCUGUAAUGGCGUUUUUUGAUGGAGCACACACGAACAUCAGCUCAGAAUGUGCAGAACUCUGCCAUAAUGUCAAAAAUAUUGUUCUUCGAGAAUUACGUGGAUAUUAUGCUGAUAGAAAUGUGGAAGAGAUGAGGUUCAUUGAAACCAUUGAUGUGCUACAGUUAAUGCAGAAAGGAGAAUCAAAGUUCCAAGAGGAACUAUUGGUGUGCGAAAUGAAUAAUGUACAUAUUCAUGAUGAUUAUCGGUUGAUGAUUAGAGAACAUAAUUAUUGA